GCAUUAGUUUGUUUGAGUGAGUUUUCCCCGGUGUACGGUCGGGUCGCGCGAUUUCGGUUACGGUUACGGGCAAAGUAAAAGCGGCAAAAAAAAAAGAAGAAAAUCGUAACGUAACUCCACCGAUUUAAAUUUUGUAUAUUUCCUUUUAUUUAAUUUAUUUUGAUAUCCUAAUAAGUCAAGUGCUUAGUAUAAUACAUACAUAUUAUAUAUAUUUGUUUACGAUUAUUUAUUAGAACAAAAUAAGAUUUGUUUUAUUAUUAUUUUUUCUUAACGACGAUUGGAACUCUUAGAGAAAACCACACUAUCGAGUACCGUUUCAACAUUUUUGCAAAAUAUCGUAUAACAUAAUCUGACAACAGUUCGUUCGCUUUGCCCACGUCGAAUUGAAGAUAACGCUACGAGUAUAAUCACGCCGCUCAAGUUAUUUAAUUGUCUUUUACAAAUAUUAUUAAAUCGAAGAGAUGGAUUUCACCGUGUUCAGAGAUCAAGAGAACGUUAGCAAUGUCGUGCGCAACAAGGAAAACGGUCCAAGGGAACAUCAGCAGAAGCGGUCAGUGCUGGGUGUCCUUAAUUCUAAGCCGCAAUAUAAUUUCAACAAACAACUGCCGAAAUCCAAGUCCCAAGGACCAAGUAAGUUUUGUUUUUCAACCAAAUCGACUGUGCCAUUUGCUAUACAUGAAGAUGAGCCGACAGGGCCUAAAAAAAUUGAUGAUAAACUUCAGAGGAAAAAUUCUGAAAACAUAAGACCAUUCCAAUUUAAAGUCGAAAAUAAAAUUACUGAUGUACAGAUCACUACCCAAAAGGUUGAGGUAAAAGAAAGAAAACCGCUUAGCGAUGUUGGUCAAACUCUUUUACCAUCAGUUGAAGAAAAUGUUAAAAAUGAUGAAAAAGACAUUGAGUUUGUGGAUGAAUCUGCCAAUUCAAGUUGUGUGUACUCACCUAUGUCGGUCGAGAAUGAUAAAUCUCUUCAAAAUUCUAGCCAAUCAUUAACAGCCUAUCGGUUACGUUGUGAUGUUGAUGCUUAUACAUCUGAACUAUAUUCAUAUCUUAGGGAAGUUGAGAAAUCACAUCGUCCGAAGCCUGGGUAUAUGAGAAGACAGCCAGAUGUUACGUAUAACAUGAGAGCCAUAUUGGUAGACUGGCUAGUGGAAGUCGCACAAGAAUACAAGUUGCAAAAUGAGACAUUAUACUUGGCUGUUUCGUUUAUUGAUCGCUUUCUUAGUUUAAUGUCAGUAGUUCGUGCCAAACUUCAGUUAUUAGGAACAGCUGCUAUGUUUGUUGCGUCGAAAUAUGAAGAAAUUUAUCCUCCUGAUGUUAGUGAGUUUGUUUACAUUACUGAUGACACAUAUACAAAAAAGCAAGUGUUGAAAAUGGAACAGUUGAUAUUGAAAGUUUUAGGUUUUGAUGUUUCCAAUCCUACGAUUAUUAUUUUUUUGACUCAUAUAUGUGUUCAUUGUAACGUUUCAAUGAAAGUCAUGUACCUUGCUAUGUAUUUGAGUGAAAUGAGCUUAUUAGAAGCAGAUCCCUUUUUAUUAUAUACUCCAUCAAUGAUCGGCUGUGGAGCAGUGGCAUUAUCCAGAUUGAUUUGUGAAUAUGAAGAUAUUUGGCCCGAAGAAAUGUCUCAAUUAACCAAAUAUUCUUUAAACGAUUUGAUACCUGUUCUCAAACAUUUAAAUCAAACAUAUAAAAAUGCUCCCCAUGCUCAACAAACGGCCAUUCGUAUGAAAUACAAGUCUACAAGGUAUCAUAGUGUUUCUGAAAUAGAGUAUAAAGAAUUGAUUUUACCUGAAGAAAAUUCGCAAAGGGAAAUGGCAGAAAGACUUAUGUUGGUUGGCGUUCAAGACGCAUCGUGAUUCUAUCGUUAUUUAUUUAUAAAUUUUUUUUAAUUAUUAUUAUUUUUUUUUAUUAAUUCUUUUGUAGUGAACGAAAUAUUUUUUGACACUUUUUAAAUUUAUAUAUGUUAAGUUAAAAAGAACAAAGCUACGUUCAAAAACGAACCAUAAAAACUGGAGAUAUUGCGUCUUGCUAGAAUCACAUGUAAAUAAUAAAAACCUUUUACAUUAUUUAAUUAAUAUUAUUUUUUUAUUAUACAUUUUUUAAAUUAUUUUUUUACCUAUUUAAUUUAAUUUAAUUUUUACGAUUCCAAACGAAAUAUGUGUAUGUGUUUACAAUGAAUGUCGUUAAAAAAAAAGAACAGGUAUAUUCUUAGAAAAAUAUAUUAUUAUUCAAAAUUGCUUAAUUUUCAUUUACCAUGAAAUGAGUUAUUGAUUUAUUUACAAACAAAAAGACACU